AGGCGGGUUGAGAGAGUAAGAUGGCCGCUGUUGUGUAUAAGCUGAGUGAGAGCAGAGAGAAACUGACGGCCGCCGUCACAACCGCCCUGGACCUGCAGAGCUGCAAACCGCUGACCGGCGUGUUCGAUCACAUCCCCGGAAAUGAGGCGGAGAGGAAGAGCAUCCUGGAUCAGACGCUGCGCAGCGUCCUGGAGCAGCACAUCGUGAAGCAGGCGGACGUGGAGGAUCAUCUCUCACUCAUCUGCAUCAGCAUCACCGCCGUUACUGAGGGAAUCUGCUCGGCCUUCACGCCGUUCGUGCUGCUGGCCGAUGUUCUGGACUGCCUCCCUCUGGAUCAGUGUGACAGGAUCUUCAGCUUCGUCGAGGAGAACGUCUCCACGUGGAAAUCCAGUUCCUUCUACUCCGCGGGGAAGAACUACUUACUGAGGAUGUGCAACGAUCUUCUGCGGCGUCUGUCCAAGUCCCAGAACACGGUGUUCUGCGGGAGGAUCCAGCUCUUCCUGGCGCGUCUCUUCCCUCUGUCUGAGAAAUCAGGACUCAACCUGCAGAGUCAGUUUAACCUGGAGAACGUCACCGUGUUCAAUAAGAGCGAGGAGGAGAGCACGCUCGGGCAGCAGAGCUCAGAACUGAAGGAAGAUGGGAUGGAGGAAGGAGAGAUGGGUGAUGAAGAGGCUCCUGCUCCAUGCUCCAUCCCCAUCGACUAUAACCUCUACAGGAAGUUCUGGAUGCUGCAGGAUUACUUCAGGAACCCGGUGCAAUGCUACGAGAAGAUCUCCUGGAUCACCUUUGUCAAGUACUCGGACGAGACGCUGGCGGUGUUCAAGAGCUUCAAACUGGACGACGCCCAGGCCUCCAAGAAGAAGAGGGAGGAGAUGCAGACGUCCGGAGGAGAACACGUCUACUUCGCCAAGUUCCUCACCAGCGAGAAGCUGAUGGACCUGCAGCUGAGCGACAGCAACUUCAGACGCCACCUCCUGCUGCAGUAUCUCAUCCUCUUCCAGUACCUCCGGGGUCAGGUCAAGUUCAAGAGCUCCACCUACGUCCUGAACGAUGAUCAGAGCUCCUGGAUGGAGGACACCACCAAGCUGGUCUAUCAGCUGCUGAGAGAGACUCCGCCCGACGGUGACCAGUUUUCCACGAUGGUGGAGCACAUCCUGAACACGGAGGAGAACUGGAACGCCUGGAAGAACGAGGGAUGUCCCAGCUUCGUCAAAGAGAGACCUACAGAGUCUAAACCGGCUCGACCCGGCAGGAAGCGAGCGGCACCGGAGGACUUCCUGUCUAAAGGAACAGAUCGGAGAGUCGCGGGAGGUGACGAGCUGACCAAGCUGUGGAACCUCAAUCCGGACAACAUGGAGGCCUGCAGAUCAGAGAGCAGGGAGUUCAUGCCGUCGCUGGAGGACUUCUUCGUGGAGGCCAUCGAGCAGGCUGACCCGGCCAACAUGGUGGAGGAUCAGUACAAGGUGGUGAAGAACUCGAAUUACGGCUGGCGCGCCCUCCGCCUCCUCUCGCGCCGCAGCCCACACUUCUUCCAGCCCACCAAUCAGCAGUUCAAGAGUCUGGACGAGUAUCUGGAGAACAUGGUGAUCAAACUGGCUAAAGAGCUGCCCAAAGAUCUUCCAUCAGAGGAGAUUAAGACGGGAGAGGAGGAGGAUGAGAACGGAGACAACCUACUCAAAGAAAGCAACGACAGUCCAGGUAUCCAGAUGAAGCCGGUGACCAACAGUCAGAUGGACGUGAUCGCCGUGAAGCUGGGCGCGCGCUGGAAGCUCCUGGCCGUUCAGCUGGACGUGAAGGAGGCGGAGAUGAGCGACAUCGAGGCCGACAGCGACGACGUGCAGCUCCAGGCGAAGAUGAUGCUGGUGUCCUGGCAGGACCGCGAGGGGACCCAGGCCACCAUGGAGAGCCUGGUCACGGCGCUGAACGCCGCCGGCUUCUCCGACAUCGCGCAGGAGUUCAGCGAAAACUGAGCGCCUAGCGAUGCGUCACCGACCGUAAUAGUGAGGCGGGAUCAGCGGAGCGGGGAUGAGUUAGCAACAUUCACACUAAAUCAGGACUUCAGCAAUUAUAAGUGGAAGUGGUGUCCCAAUACUUUUGACCAUAUAGAGUGUGUGUGUGUGUGUGUGUGUGUACAGUAGCUCGCUCGACUGUGAUCAGCGUCACUCGUGUUCCCGUAAACCUCUUAAUCAGGUGGUCACUCGGACGAACCUUCCUUUUAGUAUAAGGUCACAGGGAGACCACUGUUCCACGCUGGGUCGCCCUGUUUAUACGGGCACAGAGAAGCCGUGUGUGUGUGUGUGAUGUAUUUGGAAUAAACACUGAUGUUGGAUGUUUGAUUUCGAUGCUUUUAUUGUUGAAUCGUGAGUCGGUCAGUAAUUAUUUGGACGCCGGUCUGAUGGAGAUGAAUGAAUGAGUGAGUGAGUGAGUGAUGGUAUCAGACC